AUUGUUCCACCUAAAUAACAUUACUUUCUUUUUUUUUUAUAUAUAUAUAUAUAUAUAUAUAUAUCGAAUUCUCUAACAGCAGUUUAGUUUAGCUCAGCUUAACUCGUUUCGAAACAAUGGAAAGAUAUUUUCAAUUUCUUUCAUUUUUGUUAGUUUCAUUCUUGAUUUGUAUUGAAACUAAUGCUCAACAAGAGUUUCUUGAUUGCAUUUUAAACCAAACUUCAGACAAAAAUAUUGAAAAACAUAUACAUUUUUCGAAAUCACCAACAUAUUCGUCUCUUUUAGAAUAUGGUCACAAAAACCCUAGGUGGUUAAAUUCUUCAUCUUCACAUCCAAUUUUCUUCAUAGCCCCAAAAAACGAAUCCGAGAUCAGGCCUAUUAUACUUUGUAGCCAGAGAUUUGGGAUACAAAUCAGAGUAAAAAGCGGUGGUCAUGACUAUGAAGGUUUAUCUUUUCGCUCUGAUACUGGUCAACAAUUCGUCAUCGUUGAUUUAUCCACGCUUGAUGACAUUACCAUCGAUGAAAACGACGAAACGGCCUGGAUUCAGACAGGGGUGACAAUGGGACAACUUUACUAUGAAAUUGCGAAAAAAAGCGAAAAUCUUGCAUUUUCAGGAGGAUUGUAUCCCAGUGUUGGCAGCGGUGGGAUCAUAAGUGGUGGAGGAAUAGGUACAUUGAUGAGGAAAUUCGGGCUAGCAGCCGAUAAUGUCCUUGAUGCACGUGUGAUGAACGUACAUGGAGAAAUCCUUGAUAGAAAAUCGAUGGGAGAAGACUUGUUCUGGGCUAUACGAGGAGGUGGUGGAUCGAGUUUCUGUGUCAUUUUAGCCUGGAAAGUUAAACUAGUACGCGUGCCAUCAAAGCUUACUACCUUCACAAUACGUCGAGUAUUGCAUGGGGAAACUAUAAACCUACUCCAACGAUGGCAAAACGUGUCACAUAAAUUGACUCGCGAUAUGUUCAUGAGAGUCUUGAUACAAAACAAGAGAAGUAGAAGUAAAAGAAUCGUACAAGUUUCAUUUCAAGGACUAUUUCUUGGUAGAGUGAGUGAGUUAAUUCCAUUGCUGAAUCAAACUUUCCCCGAAUUCGGAUUAGUAGAAGAGGAUUGUUUUGAAGAUCCAGUGGUGGUGAAUUGCACUCCUGAUGAUUUGCCUUGUAUAAAGAAAGAAUGUUUUGAAGUCCCCUGGAUUCGCGCGACACUGUACUUCGCAUCCAGGAGGACAAGUGAUUCGGUUGAGUUUCUGGUGAAAAAUGAAUGGCCACGAAUAAUGAAUUACUACAAAGCGACGUCUGAUUUUGUCAGAAGUCCAAUGCCAAGAGGGGUGUGGAGAUUGAUUAGAACCAUGUUUCGCGAUGAACAAAAGCCUAUAAUGAUACUGGAUCCAUUAGGUGGAAGAAUGGAUGAAAUUUCGGAAUUCGAAAUUCCAUUUCCUUAUAGAAAGGGAAAUUUGUUCAACAUUCAAUAUAUGGUGAAUUGGGAUGAUAAUAGUGAGAAUAUAUCUAGUAACAAGAUUAAAUGGUUAACGGAACUUUAUGAUAAAAUGAGUUCAUUUGUGUCAAAUUCAUCAAGAAGUGGUUAUCUUAAUUAUAGGGAUCUUGAUUUUGGGAGAAAUGAUGGAGAAUAUAACUAUGAAAAUUCUAGAGUUUGGGGUAAAAAAUAUUUUGGUGGUAACUUUGAGAGGUUAGCAAAGGUGAAAAGUAAAGUGGAUCCUAGUAAUUUUUUCAAGUUUGAACAAAGUAUUCCACCUUUUAGUGUGUCUAGGUAAAUCAAUAAAAUAUUGGAGAUUGAUGAAUAAAACACAUAAGAUUGUUGUAGGAUCAUGAAUAGUGACUUAUUCUUUCUUUGUUGCACCCUCUUGUUGAUGUUGAUAAUUCUUUUACUACUUUGUUUUGAGAAUAACAACAAUCUAUGCUUCAUGUGAGAGUUUGUGACCCGAAUUUUGUUGAUUUAACCCUAAAAAAUUUGCGGUGCGAUUCAUGUUUGAGAUUUUUUGGGGGGUUUGUGGUGGUAGCUGCAAUUUAGUGGGUUGUUUUUGGACGUUUUAUAUACGUCAUUGAGACUUUCAUCUCCUCAUUGUAUUCCUCUCCAUUAUAGUGAAUUUCCUCCUCUUCUGCCCGUGAUUUUUUCCGUCAAAGGUUUUCACGUAAAAUCUGUGUGUUCUUCUUGUCUUCUUUCGUUUUGUAAUAUUACUUAUUCCUGUCCGUUUCAAUAGCACUUCACUUACCUUUGUUUACCUUCUUUUAUGUGUACUUUCCUAAAUGCACCUCAAAAGAGAUGUCUCAGAAGAAAAAUACAUUCGAGAGUGAAGUGAUCGGUUGAAACUUUCAAUGAUUCAUUUACACUUUUCGACUUC